AUGGGUUCUUCACUCGAGCACGUCGAUGCUUGUCUUCCCGUUACCGCGCUUCAAUUAUUUGACCUUGGUGGGGUCAGAUUCGUCCUCCUGGGCCAGGGGACAUUUGCGCGCCUGGUCGAGGAGAGCAGCGGGAGGGUGCUCGCCUAUUUACGAGUAUUCAAGAUAAACCACGUUCACGGCUAUACUGUUCUUCAAAAAGACGGUCGGUCAACAGGCCAUGUUCAGCUUGUGGCAUGGGGAGGUCAGUCGUUGAGACUCGUUGAGUUGAGCUACUCAAUCAGCUCAUGCGGAGAGCCUGUCGUGUCCUUGGUAGCAGCAAGCGCUGAGUAUCUGGCUCCGGAUUGGGUUCUAGCUGGAUGCCCGAGCACGGAUGGCAGUGCAGCGUAUCUGGUGACAGCACACAAUGCUGUGCUUGGCAUGUCUGUGGUAGAGGAGGCAAACAGAAGAGCCAUUCACCUGCGACAAUUAGUAGCCGGAGUCAAAUCCAUCCUAUAUUCAGCUCAGAUUGUCCCGGUAUCUCCUACGAACCUCUUGGUGGCAGCUGGCACAGUGUUCGGUGAGAUAAUAGUCUGGUCAUGCUUUGUCUGCGGCGGUAAUGGCUCCACUGCCAAUGCAGUCAGUUCCAUACAUCACUUUUUUACCGGACACGAAGGGUCCAUCUUUGAUGUUGAGAUAUCUCCGAAGAUUGCCAACCUCCGUGGUGAUCUUUCUGGAAGGCUAUUGGCUAGUUGUAGCGAUGAUCGAACCGUUCGAAUUUGGGAUAUUUCAGACUGUGAGAUCGCCUCUCCCGAUCAACCAUCCGCCUACUCAACUGAUGGAUUCGAACUCCGCUGUACUGGGUUUGGUCAAGUAAAGAAUGACGAGCUGAACGCGGAAUCUUGUGUUGCCAGUGCGUUUGGUCAUGGGGCUCGCAUCUGGGGCAUACAUUUUCUUGCGGAACAAAUCACGAAGGAUAAGAUCAGCCUGAUAUCCCGUGGGGAGGAUGCGCAGUGCCUGGUGUGGGAUCUCAUUUGGGGGUCAUCGAGCGAAACUAAAUUCAAGCUAACAAACACUUGCUCCCUUCAUCCGCACAAUGGCAAGCACAUUUGGUCCCUCGGAUUGCUGACUGCCGGUUCGAAAACAACCGUCUAUACCGGUGGAAACGAUGGGGCUGUCCGGACUUUCAAUCUCGUGCAGGAAGCUGGGGAGUUAAUAUGUCCCAACAGGACCACUCGCAUAAACGACACACCAGGCUCGGAAAACGUCAAGGGCGGCGGGAUGAGAGCGUAUGAAUUUGUUGCACCAGACCACUUCCUCGUGGUUACUACGAGCGGCGAGAUUCAAAUCGCGUGGGCCGAGUCCCCAAAUACUGCCGAUCGAAGAAUUGCUUGCGAGACGCUGUUCGUCGAAGAAGAUUUGAGCUCUUAUUCGAUCAUUUCGGGGCUACCCUACAAAGGCGUUGCUGUCAUAGGAAACAAACUUGGCAUCAUUCGGUUAUAUGAUCACGAAACGAGGUCGCUAACCACUGUCGCGACGGCGGGCCAACGGCCGGUUGGUCUAUACUUAUUGGAUCACCAUAAAGGUACCGAUGGGUCUGUCAACCUGAAAAUUCUAGCAACAUACACCACACUAGAUACGGCAGAGGUCUUCCACGUUCAUCUUUCAGCUGAAGGGCCUCAUGCGGAACGGGUGACUUUGCACGUUCCUCAGGGCUUCGGCAUUUCGUGCGCUUCACUGAUCCACAAUAAUGAGUACCUAGGUCUAGGAUCUAGAUAUGGAUCAUUCGCUGUGUACAAAUUGCAGGAGACCGGCUCACUGGAACCUCUGUUGAAGGUCGCCAGAGUCCAUAGCAAAGAUGGAUUGACAAGAAUAAUCCCGUUUACCUCGCUGUCGCCGACGGAUAGUACACCCUCACAGUACUUCCUGACGAGUGGCCGGGAUGCCAAUUACCGCGUCAACGUGCUGGACGUUUCCGGAGAAGCUGUGUCUCUGCGAACCGUGCACUCACCUACCACGUUAGGGUUCAACGUUGAAGGCGCAUACAUCGACAACCACAGCGAUCUCAUCCUCUACGGCUUUGGCGGCAUGGGCUUUGUCGUCUGGAACGAGUCAACGCAAGCCGAAAUCGCGAAGAUCCACUGCGGCGGUGGCCAUCGGCGAUGGGCAUUCCAUCCUAGCACGCGGCCUGGCGAAAGCCUACUGCUUUGGUCCCAGGGCGGUUUUAACGCUACUCAUAUCAAUGCCCAGGCUGCACGCUCAAUACGCGCAGGCGGACAUGGGAGAGAGAUCAAAGCCCUGGGCACGUAUCAACCCGCCAAGGGAAGUCCUUUGUUCGUCACUGGGUCAGAGGACACGACAUUGCGCAUUCUCGCACCGAGAUCACCAAACCGGUCAGGUCCAUGGGGAGCACUAGAGACUCAACGAGUCUUAACAGCACACGACUCUUCGCCGCAGCAUAUCUCGUGGUCCAAGGACGGAAAGUUCCUGUUCACAAGCAGUGCAAUGGAAGACUUCUUCGUGUGGAAGAUCCGCGCCAUCCCAUUAUUCGGCCUGGCAGCGGCUAUACAAGGGCAGUGUCCCAAGAGCCAUCCCAAGUCAGAACUCCGCGUGACAUGCUUUGAUAUUCUCGAGGUGGAACCUUCACAGACUGAAGCCGAAGCGAGCUUCCUGCUCUGUCUGACAUAUUCCAACUCCACAAUCAAGGUCUUCCAUUUAUCAUGUGCCAACGAAGACGGCCGCUUCAGUCUCCUAGCCAGCGGCACGUACACGAGCAACUGUCUCACCCAAGUCCGGUUCCUCCGGGCCCCAUCGUCGCUUUGUCUAGUAACCACGUCGACGGACGGACACUUUACGCUUUGGGACAUAACCGCCGUCUUAGAGCAAUUCUACCACCUUGAUCGGCCGCUACGCCUGAAACAACCGCUCAGCUCCCUCUCAAUACCGGAGGAGACAAUCGCCUGCGAAAGCAGACACCAAAUCCACUCUAAUAGCAUAAAGACAAUCGACAUGGUACAUCUAUCCGACACUGUCACCCUGUUGCUCGCCGGAGGCGACGACAACGCCAUCACGCUUACACUACUACACACCGACACAGAAACCGGCCCGGCAACAAUCACAAUCCCGGACGCGCACACAGCGUCUGUCAAUGCCGUAAAGGCUAUUGAAGAGUCGAUUGCCCGAAACAGCGGGACUAUCCAGCUUAGCUUUGCAUCCUCUGGGAACGACCACCGCGUCAAGUUCUGGCGGGUGACCAUUGACAUGCAAGACCGUCCGGUCUUGGACGGGGUCCAGGUGGACAAUGUGCUGGACCGGUAUAGCCCCGUAGCGGACAUCUCAUCGUUGGACGUUGUUCAUGACGAGGAGGGGAUGAAGCUGCUUGUUUGUGGAGUUGGGAUGGAGUGGUUUACCGUUGAACUCUAG